AUUCCAUUCCUCCAAGACAGGUGGCGCAUGCAACCUUGCCGAGGAAAGUAGAGAUGUGCUAAAGUGUCGCAGAGUUAGUGGAGGAAGCCAAAUGUGAGCUGGAAAUGGUCAAACUCAUCUUAAUAGAGAAAUGAUGCAACAGCGAUGGCGACCCAGUGUCUGCUAACGUUACAGGACCGGAUCAGGGUGGCCAAGGAGCUUCUGGAGCGUGUAGACCAGCUGUGCAGUAGACAAACCAGAGAUGUGGAAGGCAGGGCCAAGCUGUGCAGCAAGCUUCGAGCUGAGCUCAAGUUCUUACAGAAGGUUGAGGCUGGCAAGGUGCAGAUCAAGGAAUCUCAUCUGCAGAGCACAAAUCUCACCCACCUGAGAGCCAUUGUUGAGUCAGCUGAGAGCCUAGAAGGGGUGGUGAGCGUACUCCAUGUGUUUGCUUACGAAGGUCCGGAUGGGCAGAAGCAGACCCUGGUAGUAGACGUGGUGGCCAACAAUGGACAUACCUGGAUCAAAGCCAUUGGGCGCAAGGCAGAGGCACUGCACAACAUAUGGCAGGGCCGAGGCCAGUACGGGGACAAAAGUGUUGUGUGUCAGGCCGAGGACUUCCUUGAGGCCAGUCGUCAGCAGCCAGUGCAGUAUAGCAACCCUCACAUCAUCUUUGCAUUUUAUAACGGCGUGUCCAGCCCCAUGGCGGAUCGCCUCAGGGAAAUGGGCAUCUCUGUGAGGGGAGAUAUAGUCGCUGUGAAUACUUUAAUUGGGGAAGACGAUGGAGAAGAGGAAGAGGAAGGGAGCAGCAGUGAAGAUGAGCAACGACUUGAAAAUGAACCUGCAGAGGAGGAGGAGGAGGUGGUGGAGGGUGGUGAUGACGAUGAUGACGAAGAAGAUGGGGGAGAUGGUGAGCUGACGCACACUCGUGUGGACAGAGACACCAUUGUAGCUCGCUUGUCCUUCCCGACCGAAGUUAAGGUGGACGUGUGCAACAGGGCCAACCUGGACAUCACCACACUCAUCACCUACGUGUCCUCACUAAGCCACGGCCGUUGCCACUUCGCCUUCAAGGAGCAGGUGCUGACUGAGCAGGCCGCCCAGGAGCGGCAGGACAAGGUUCUGCCCAAGCUCGAGGAGUUCAUGCAAGGCAAGGAACUCUUCGCCUGCCAGUCAGCCGUGCAGGACUUCCGCGUGAUCCUGGACACGCUUGGCGGACCGGGAGAGAAGGCCAGGGCGGAUGAGUUGCUUGCCCGUCUCACCGUGGUGCCUGAUGAGCCCUCGGAACGCACAAACCGCCUGGUCAUGAGCUCCAAGGUGAACCCGAGGUCCCUCAUGAUUUUUGGAACGGGAGACUCACUACGCGCAGUCACCAUGACCGCCAACAGCGGCUUUGUGAGGGCUGCAGCCAACCAGGGCGUCCGUUAUAGUGUGUUCAUCCACCAACCUCGUGCUCUUACAGAGGGGAAAGAGUGGAGAGCCAUCCCUCUAUGAGAGGGGGAACAAGCUGGAGUUGCCUGAUGGUUGUGGUUGUGGGUGAACUCAAACACUGCUGGCUGAAAGAAUUGGAGUAGAUUUAUUUAAGGUUUGAAUAUAUAUAUAUAUAUAUAUUUUUUUUUUUUUUGGAAUACGGCCUCCCCUGAAAAAAGGCCUCAAAUAAAUGAGCUGUUGAUUUGAUUAAAUAGGCUUGACCAUCUCAGUAAAGAGAAUUGGACCAGCACUAUAAACUGGUAAUCAAGCCUGUUAAAUAUAAAAGAGCAUCAGAUUCCUAUUCCUAUUUAGUGUGAAGUCAUUGUCAUUUGCUCACAGAUUAAAAUAUUCGAGGUCAAUCUUGAUCUCACAGUCUGAUCAGAUGUGUCAAUUGCCAUGUCAUGUAUUUUAUUUACCUAUAUAUCAGAUGAUGCUUGUAUGUACCAUAAAAGUAAAUAAACCUCAUUCAGUAAAUCAUG